GUCAUCGGACAGGCUUUCCGCCGUUGGUCCACCGACGGUCCUGUAGUGUGUCUGUCUGUGGUGAUGAUGGCCGUUGCGCGCAGGGCCGAGACCGACCGCCGCCUUCAGAGCCUGGAGGAGCGCCAGUCGAUCACGGAGGAUCGUCUGGCGCGGGUGGCCGGCCAGGUCGAAGAGAUCGCGCGGUCCACGAGCUUAGUGCUCGAAGACUUCCCUUCGGUGGAAGAGGCCUGGCUGGCGCACGGAGAGACGGCGCAGUACCGCGAGUUGCGGGAGGCGGUGCCGGACGCGAUCGGGAAGGACCUGGCCACGCACCUGUCGGUGCCCUGGCCCUUGCUUGCCCUGGGCGCCGCGGUGCCCGCCGGUGGGUUCCCGGCGGAGACGUCGUGGGUGCGGUCUGUGUUGGAGGAGCUCAGGCAGCAGGGUACGGUCAAGGCGGUGUAUUCGCAGAGCAGGCUCCUGUACUUGGAGCGGGCGGAGCAGGAACGCCAGCGGGCCUGGCAGGCCAAAGGUAAGGCCCAGGGCAAAGCGCAGAGCAAGGCGCAGGGCAAGGGCAAGGGCCGGAAGGGCAAGGGCCGGAAGGGCAAGGGCGUCGGCGGGUCCGGUGUCCUGCAGGCCGGCAGGGGCGGCCAGGGCGGCAAGGGCGGCCCGGGGGCGGCGCCCCCGGCGGGUGGGGCCCCCCGGCCGCCGCCCCGGCUGCUGCCGCUGCCGCAGCAGGGGGGGCGGCGGCCGCGCCGGCCGGGGCGCUCGCGCCUGGCGCGGCAGCGGCGGCUGGCGGCCGCGUCCGCCGCGGACGCCUAA